GUUUUACAUCCCUACAUAGAAUACUGAAACUGUUCGUAAAUCAUUAAUUUAUUCGGGAUCAUGUAUCUUCCUCAUCACUUUAAACUUGUUACGUCUGUUUUCCUACUUAAGGAGUAACCACACAUCUAUUUUACGGACUUGACACGCUAGAAUAGAAUAGACCUAGACUCUUAUUGGAAACAAAUAGGAAUGGAACGAGGACGAACGUUUUACAUCACACUGGUCAGCGGUCUCGUGGCGUUAGUGUUGUUACUGGUUUCUUUGUACCUUCCGGCACAACUGGUGUUCGAAUCCAAGCCCUACGCUCUGGUUGUUUUGAAAAGUGGUAAUCUGGAUGGAUGGAGUGCCGAGGAGCUAGGACUUACCUCUGCCCAACUGGACAUGGUGAAGAACAAUUAUGAGGAAUUUCUCAGCAGGCACAAGACAGCAGACGACAGUGAGGAUAGCGAUUCGUCAGACGAUGACGAUACCGACGGAAGCCACAAAAUAGUACACAUGGAUAACCUGAAGAGUUCCGACAAAGUUUCGUAUCAUACCCAUGCUCAUGGCGGCAAAGAAAACCAUGAAAAUGAUGACAAUGAUGAUCGUGACAACAAUGUUGACGAUGAUGAUGAUAAUCAUAACGAUGAUGAAGGCAAUAAUGAUGAUGAUGAUGACGAUGACAAAAGGAGGAAAAGGCGUGAUGCUGAUGAUGAUGACGAUGAUAAAGGAGUCGAAGCAGAAGAUGGCGAUGACGAUGAUGAUGAUGAUGAUGACGACGAAAGCAGUUCCUCCUCCUCCUCCUCUGAUGAUGACAGCGAUGAAGAAUCAUCGAGUGAUUCGGUUGUACUUACGCUUGAACAAAGACUUCAGGGCAAAGCUGUGUCGCAGACAGUAGGGUUUGGCCUUUUUCAUGGAACGAUGUGUUCAGUAAUGAAGACUUCGAAAGAAAGAUGUCAUUCCAUAUCUGUCAAUGAAGCGAUCUUUGCUGUGAAGCAAGAAGUGACUUUUAUGGAAAAUGAUAUCAAUAUGCCAAUGUGGAAUAAUUUGAGAGUGGAGUCUUUGUUUUCUGUUAUCACAUGUAUCCUCGGACUGGUUUGCUUGUUUGCUUCACUGAAACCAUGCUGUGACAACAAACGCCUACCAGUCUACCUUGGUUCCGUUUCGUUCUUUGCUUCCGGCGUGCUCGUGUUUAUACCAAUUGUUCGCAUCCUCCUCGUUUCUUCCGACUUUGAACAGAAUCUUGUGACGGACCUCAAUGUGACAACAAAACUGCUGACGUCAUGGUCGCUUGUGGCUUCCGGUAUUGGUGCCCCGUUUGCUCUGAUGGCAUCAUUUACACUUAUCGCCACUAAAUGGUACAAGGUAACGAAGAAGUGGUAUCAUGUUCUGAAACCGAAUCACGAACUUCCGGAAUAUGCUGCAAACGGUAAAGCUGUAGAAAUCAAAAUGACGGAUUUGGAGCGGAAAGAGGCAGAGGGCAAUAUUGAGACCAGAAAAAAUAUUUAUCAACAUGUUUAGGAAAAAAGAGAACUUCUGGAGGAAAUGGACAAAGAAAAGAAAACGCAUAAUAAACAAGAAUCGUGGCUAUGUGAAAUAUAUAACUAUAUAUAAACAUUAUUACGUUUUGUAUUGCAUAAUUACAGAACUGAGAGCUGAAUAUAUCUGCGUGCGUGUCAGAUUGGUGUGACCACAACCAGUUAGUUUCAUUGUGAUGUUAAUAUAUCAAAGAAUGAUAUAAUGAGAUGAAAUCUAAAAUUUCUAAAGAUACAAGUUUUUCAUAACUUAAUUUACUCAGAAUCAUAAGGCUUAUAGAUUAGUUCACGAAGAAUGAAAAUUAUUACCAUAUCAGUAAAACAAGGGAGACAACACAAACAUUGAUAUUAAUAUCAUGAAAUCCUGUUUAUUAGACAUUUCUAACGUAAACGUAAAUCGGAAACGGAUUACUGAAUCCGUAAAUGUUAUUUGCAAAUAAUGGUCUAAGGGAGAUACUAUUGUAUUACUAUUGGAUGAAAUUGUCUCCCAUAGACCACAAAUUAGCCUAAAAUUUUACGGAUUCAGUAUUCCGUUUCGUAAUUACGUUUACGUUAGAAAGGUCUAUUCAGCAUAUUACUGAAUACCGUUUUUUGUGAAUGGUUAUGCAAUGUAUCUAUAUAGGAAUGUUCAAAAUUACAUGUAAAACAUGCAGUGUAUGAUAUAAAGAGAAAAAUUAGUACACCAAUAAAAUUUCAUCUAUAA